CUCCUCCUCCUCUGACAUUGCGGACUAGAGCCAAACCAGUCUCCAAGGCCAGAUCCGACACCAAAGACUGAGAGUCCCCAGACCACUCUGCCUGUUUACCACCGGCUGGCUGCAGGGGAUGUACUUCAGCCGCUCUUCAGGGAGUACACUCCCUGCCUUCAGUAGUGCAAGAGAUUGUCUUUCUCCAUGACAAUGGCAUAUCACAGUUGCCAACGCUGGUGAAAUCUGAGGCGUUACAGAUGUGCUUCCUUUGCGGUGAUAUUUACCUCCAAAUGUGAAUGAGGCAGAUGCUGGCCCAUGCACGCAGGCAGGAGUUGCUUAUUACGCUGAGGGGAAGCGCCCACCCGGGCGAACUCAGCAGGUAUUUAAGGACCGAGGAGAGAGUACUCUGAGCAGGCUGCGGUGAAAGAGGACAAAGGGACAAAGAAGCAAGAAGCGACCGGCAGAGGCCACCCAGCAUCUUUGCAUAGGUGCCCAGGGAGUCGUGCAGAGAGGUGCCUCCCUGCAACAGAGCCUCUGCCCGCCUGGAAGAUGCCGAGAUCAUGCUGCAGCCGCUCAGGGGCCCUGCUGCUGGUCUUGCUGCUUCAGGCCUCCCUGCUUCAGGCCUCCAUGGAGGUGCCCGGCUGGUGUCUGGAGAGCAGCCAGUGUCAGGACCUCACCACGGAAAGUAACCUGCUGGCCUGCCUGCGGGCCUGCUGGCCGGACCUCUCUGCCGAGACGCCUGUGUUCCCCGGCAACGGCGACGAGCAGCCGCUGACCGAGAACCCCCGGAAGUACGUCAUGGGCCACUUCCGCUGGGACCGCUUCGGCCGGCGGAACAGCAGCGUUGCGGGCCAGAAGCGCGACCCGGAGGAGGCGGCGGCGGCGGGCCAUGGCCUCCCGGAGGCCCUGGCCUAUGGUACCGAGCCGGGCCCACGCGAGGGCAAGCGCUCCUACUCCAUGGAGCACUUCCGCUGGGGCAAGCCGGUGGGCAAGAAGCGGCGCCCCGUGAAGGUGUACCCCAAUGGCGCCGAGGACGAGUCGACCGAGGCCUUCCCCGUCGAGUUCAAGAGGGGGCUGUCGGCCGAGCACCCUGAGGACCCGGCAGGCAGCGCGGCCGGCCUGGAAUACGGCCUGGUGGCGGAAACCGAGGCGCUGGAGAAGAAGGACGACGGGGCCUACCAGAUGAAGCAUUUCCGCUGGGGCAGCCCGCCCAAGGACAAGCGCUACGGCGGCUUCAUGACCUCGGAGAAGAGCCAGACGCCACUCGUGACGCUGUUCAAAAAUGCCAUCAUCAAGAACGCCCACAAGAAGGGCCAGUAGGGUGCAGCGGGCCCAGGGUCGCCCUCCCGGGAGCGCCCCGAAGCCCCACUGCUUGUCCCCACGCCAUCGCCCUUGGUGAUUUGCUCACCCAGAAGGGCUCCGGGCAGAUG